AUGUCGGCCAAGAAGGCAGAACUGAAGAAAGCAAACCUGGGCAAGAACUACAAGGCAAUUUGCCUGGAAUUGAAGCCAGAGCCGAUCAAAACAUAUGAAUGCAAAGGAAUUAAAUCAGAAGGGCCAUUUACCAAAACGGCAGGGACGAGGGAGCUAAAGAAUGAUCUCAGGGAGGUGAGGGAAGAGCUCAAGGAAAAGAUGGAGGAGAUAAAACAGAUAAAAUGUGUAAUGGACAAGGAUUUUGAUAAACUCCAGGAAUUUGUGGAGAUUAUGAAGGAGAUGCAGAAGGAUAUGGAUGAGAAGAUGGAUGUUUUAAUAAAUAUACAGAAAAACAGCAAGCUUCCCCUUAGAAGAGGACCAAAGGAGCAUCAGGAACUUGGGCAGAUAGGAAAGCCUGACAUAGAAUCACAGCACCUGCUCAAGAAACUGGAGGGAGCUGAAGGAGCAUCGCUUUGUAGUCACAAGAAGAAUAUGGCACUACAGAAACUCAAAAAGGACCCACUGGACUCCCUUCAGUGUGGGACCUGCUAUGAGAAAUGUAUGUUGUGUGCCCUAAAGAACAACCACAAUCAGGGUGCUGCCACGGAACCGGAACCCAUCAGAGCGCCAGUUCAUCCUCCCCCAACUUCUUGA